AUGAUGGAUCCCUUCUCUACCAACUCUGUCAAUGGGUUCUAUAAUUACUUGACUAGAGAAAUUGAUGAUCUUGAACGUGUGUUUUUGACUAACAACUUUAUGUCAAUUCAGUUUCUUCAAAGUGUUUUAUCCCUCCUAAGAUCCUUUCAUACUCAGUUGACCCUUCUUGUUCAAAAACUCAGAUUGCCAGUGGGUGAAAAAUGGCUUGAUGAAUACAUGGAUGAAAGUUCAAAACUUUGGGAAGUUUGUCAUGUUCUUAAAACUGGGAUUUCAGGCAUGGAGAAUUACUUUUCCACUGGGAUCAGUAUAACUUCCUCUAUAGAUAGCCAUGGCAAUUUAAGCCCACAGCUUUUACGUCAGGUUAUUCGGGUUAUUUCGGGCUGUCGAAGAGAUGCUGUGGGAUUAGAGGAGGAAAACAGGUCCCUGAUGGAGACAAGAAUUGAGCCACUUUCAUUAAGGUUUGAUGAGAAGGUUUCUGUAGAAUCAAAACUCAAUGGAUUCAAUGGAUUCAGAGGAGUUCUUUAUGCAAUGAGAAAUGUUAGUUCACUUUUGCUGAUGAUAUUACUUUAUGGAUUGGUUUACUGCUGGCCCGAAUCAAAGUUUUCCAAUGGGGGAUAUGAAGGGUGCUUGUUCUUUGGAUCAGCCUUCAUGAUCUCAACUGCAAGAUUGCAACAAAGGGUGGCAUCUGAGAUCAAUCAGAUUUCGGGUCGGCCCGGGAUUCUUCUGUAUGAAUUUAGAAGAUCAAAAGUAGCCAUGGAUGAACUGAGGGGAGAACUUGAGAGAUGUUCACAAGGAAUGGUAGAAUGGGAAUCAGAAGUUGGAAUUAAAGAAAGAGCUGAAAAUUUGAAGGGUUGUUUUGGGAUUUUAAGGGCUGGAACUGAGAAUAUCAUUGGACAACUUGAUGAUUUUUUUGACGAAAUUGUUGAAGGGAGGAAGAAACAUUUUUUUUUUUUUUUUUACUGCACAGUGCAAAUGUGUUCCUUUCAAGAACCCAGAGAGGAAAUUUUUGAAGGGAAAAAAUUUGUGCAGCAAAACAAGGUGUUUUUCAUAUAA